AUGGCGCUCAAGUUCCUGAACAAGAAGGGGUGGCACACGGGAUCCCUCCGCAACAUCGAGCGGGUAUGGAAGGCGGAGCAGGCGGAGGAGGCGGAGCGCCGCAAGACGGAGGAGCUCAAGAAGCAGGUCGCCGCCGAGAAGGAGAAGGCCGAGUUCCGGGCCAUGCAGGAGCGCGCCGGCCUCAGGCCGGCGCAGGAGAGGCUCGACUUCCUCUACGAGUCGGGGUUGGCCGUCGGCAAGAGCUCCGAAGGGUUCCAGGCGCUGCAGCAAUCUGCACCGGGGGCAGCUGCUGCGUCCACUUCUGCACAGGCGAGUGCGGCUGAUUCUUCCAAGGUUGAAGCUGAGAAAAAGCAAAAAGAAGAGAAGAAAGAGAAGAAAAAGCACAAGAAGCAUCGCCACCAUAAGUCAAAGAGUAAGAGGCAUCACUCAGAUGAGAAUUCGGAUUCAGAUGAAAUAAGUGAUGGCAAGGAUGAGAGAAGGAAGAGGGCUCAUUCUUCUCUUGACCAUAAGAAAGAAGAGAACAGGUCCAGGCAUAAGAAGCAGCACAGAGAAGAUUCAUCAGAUUCAGACAAUGAUGAACCACAGAGAAGAAAGCACAAUGUAUCAGAAGACGAUGAACCGAGGAGAAGACAGCGUGACGAGGAUGAACCAAGGAGAAGACGGCAGGACGAUGGUGAAUCAAGGAGACUGCAGGACGACGAUGAACAAAGGAGAAGACGGCAGGACGACAGUGAACCUAGGGGAAGACGGCAGGACGACGGUGAACCAAGGAGUAGACGGCAGGACAACGAUGAACCAAGGAGAAGACGGCAGGACGACGAUGAACCAAGGGGAAGACGGCAAGACGAUGAUGAACCAAGAGGAAGACGGCAGGAUGAUGAGAAACCAAGGGAAAGAAGCUACGUUGACCGUCCAAGAUAUGAUCGCUCUGAUGCUGAUGAUAGGAAAAGGAGGCAUCAUUCACCUCCAAACCGCCAUCAUGCAAACUCAAAGCAUGAUGGUCCAGACUCUAGGCCCAAAAGAGUGGAUGAUGGCCACAAAACUGGGAAUUCCACUUCUGAACACCGUUCCCGCUCUGAACAAGGCUCUGGCGAGCUGAUGAGGCAAGAAAGCGGACAUGGCAGGAACAAUGGUCCGUCAUUCAACCGUCGACGGGGUGGUGUCCACCAUAUGUCAGAAGAGGAGAGGUUAGCUCGGCUGCGCCAGAUGGAGGCUGAUGCUGAGGUCCAUGAGGAGCAGAGGUGGAAGAGGCUCAAGAAAGCUGUUGACGACGAUGCUAAAGAGGCAGCAACUGUGAAUGCGAACCAGUUCAAAGGGAAGAACUUCUUGGAAGAUGAAAAGAAGAGCAUAUUUGGAACAGAUAAGGGUGGCAGUGCCACAAUUGAAGAGAGCAUCAGGCGCCGCGCUUUUUACUCGCAGGGUGGCCGUGAUGCCGAGGGCAAUGCCUUCAGGCGGUGA